AUGGCGACAAAAGCUUUAUCCUUCACCCUAUCUCUCAACGGUCUCUUCGCUUCCAAGUCGCCGCACACCGCUUCAAACCAUUCCGUUUUCUCUGUCAGAUGUUCCGCCGGUAAUGGAGAGAGACCUUGGAAAAAUUCAGAUGCUAGGCUUGUGCUUGAAGAUGGUUCAAUUUGGAAAGCUAAAUCGUUUGGUGCUUCAGGGACACAAGUUGGUGAAGUUGUUUUCAAUACAUCAUUGACAGGGUAUCAAGAGAUUUUAACUGAUCCUAGUUAUGCCGGACAGUUUGUUCUCAUGACUAAUCCGCAAAUUGGGAAUACCGGCGUAAAUUUGGAUGAUGAGGAAUCAGCGCGGUGCUUUCUUUCUGGUUUAGUAAUUAGAAGUUUGAGUAUCAGCACCUCGAACUGGAGAUGUGUGAAAGAUCUGGGAGAUUACUUGACAGAAAGGAAUGUCAUGGGAAUUUAUGAUGUUGAUACACGGGCAAUCACACGCAGAUUAAGGGAAGAUGGAAGUCUUAUUGGUGUUUUGAGCACCGACAAUUUCAAAACAGAUGAGGAAUUAAUUCACAUGUCUAAAUCAUGGGACAUUGUUGGUGUUGAUCUAAUAAGUGGAGUAUCGUGCAAGUCUCCGUAUGAAUGGAUUGAUAGAACAAAGGAAGAAUGGGAAUUUAGCUCCGGUGAAGGCCUUAGAGACACUUUCCAUGUAGUUGCUUAUGAUUUUGGAAUCAAGCAUAAUAUACUUAAGCGCCUAGCAUCUUAUGGCUGUAAAAUCACUGUUGUGCCAUCUACAUGGCCAGCGUCCGAAACUUUGAAGUUAAAUCCAGAUGGUGUGCUUUUCAGCAAUGGCCCCGGAGAUCCAUCUGCCGUUCCUUAUGCUGUUGAAACCGUAAAGAAUAUUAUCGGAAAGGUGCCUGUUUUCGGAAUUUGCAUGGGACAUCAAUUGCUAGGCCAGGCUUUAGGAGGUACAACCUACAAGAUGAAGUUUGGUCAUCAUGGAGGAAAUCAUCCCGUUCGCAACCUUCGAACUGGCCGCGUUGAAAUUAGUUCCCAGAACCACAACUACGCGGUCGAUCCUGCCACGCUUCCUGAAGGUGUAGAGGUUACUCAUAUCAAUCUCAACGACAGUAGUUGUGCUGGUCUUGCUUUUCCUGCUCAAAAGCUCGUGUCUCUUCAAUACCACCCUGAAGCAUCCCCUGGACCUCAUGAUUCCGACAACGCUUUUGGGGAGUUCAUAGAGCUAAUAAAGCGCGGAAAAAACAAAACACCGAGCAAAAGCGUGCACGAACUACAAUCGGUGUAA